AUGCAUAAUGAUGCUGAAAUAGCUGACAGUGGGAAACCUGAAAUAAUAGAAUAUUAUAAUCGUACCAAAGGUGGUGUUGAUCGAAUGGACCAAAUGUUUGCGGAAUAUCCAACACAAAGACAAACAAAACGAUGGCCACUAGCGAUGUUCUUCAACAUGUUGGACAUUACAGCUCUUGCAGCCUACAUUGUCUACGAUUUGAAUAACCCUAUGUUGCCUUGGAAAACAAACAACAAGCGUAAGCAGAUCCUUCGCAGCUUGGCUGAAGCAUUGUGCAUGCCCAUUAUUAAAGCCAGAGCCAUAAAUCGUCAAGUGACGCGAAAUUUUUCGACUAAAAUUGCUAUUGAAGCAUAUUUCAACCGACCGGUGAAAUCAGCGGUGUCAACAGCAGCAUCAACAUCUGCCGCAGCGCGCACGUCAAAACCUGUGUCCGGAUCUUGCUAUUUAUGUUACGCACAAGAGGAAAAACGCCGUAGAAAAACCAGAAAGCUGUGCGCCAAAUGUAAGAAGCCAAUGUGUCUUGAACAUUCGGUCACAUCAACAAAUUGCUCUAUUUGCCAUGAUUUUCCUUAG